GGGCGGGGACGGGGCGGGGUCCGCCGCCAUCUUGGGCCGCGUCGCUGCCCUCUCCUCCCCCUCCUCCUGCUGGUCGGCCGGUCGGUCUCCUCGCCGGGCGGGCGCGGCUGUCGCGGGGAAGAAAAUGAUCCACAGCCUGUUUCUGAUCAAUUCUUCCGGGGACAUAUUCUUGGAGAAGCACUGGAAGAGUGUUGUCUGCCAGUCUGUGUGCGACUAUUUCUUCGAAGCUCAGGAAAGAGCAGCCGACGUGGAGAAUGUGCCCCCCGUCAUCCCCACCCCUCACCACUUCCUCAUCAGCAUCUACCGAGACAAAAUCUUCUUUGUGUCUGUCAUACAGACGGAAGUGCCACCUCUCUUCGUCAUUGAGUUCCUCCAUCGCGUAGCAGAUACUUUCCAGGAUUACUUUGGAGAAUGUUCCGAAACUGCCAUUAAAGACAAUGUUGUUAUUGUGUACGAGCUUCUUGAAGAGAUGCUGGACAACGGUUUCCCCCUGGCCACGGAAUCCAAUAUACUGAAGGAGCUCAUUAAACCCCCCACCAUCCUGCGCUCAGUGGUCAAUUCCAUCACAGGCAGCAGCAAUGUGGGGGACACUCUUCCAACCGGCCAGCUGUCCAACAUUCCCUGGCGAAGGGCAGGAGUGAAGUACACAAAUAACGAGGCCUACUUUGAUGUGAUUGAAGAAAUUGAUGCCAUCAUAGACAAAUCUGGCUCCACGGUCUUUGCCGAAAUCCAGGGGGUCAUUGAUGCUUGCGUCAAGCUCUCGGGAAUGCCGGAUCUUUCCCUUUCCUUCAUGAAUCCGAGGCUCCUGGACGAUGUGAGCUUCCACCCUUGCAUUCGGUUCAAGCGCUGGGAAUCCGAGAGGCUCCUUUCCUUCAUUCCUCCCGAUGGGAACUUCAGGCUGAUUUCCUACAAAGUCAGCUCUCAGAACUUGGUGGCCAUUCCAGUGUACGUGAAACAUGCCAUUACUUUCAAAGAGAAUUCAUCUCCUGGGAGAUUUGAUGUCACCAUCGGGCCUAAACAGAACAUGGGGAAGACUGUGGAAGGAGUCAUCGUGACUGUUCACAUGCCCAAGGCUGUACUCAACAUGAACCUGAUGCCCACGCAAGGCAACUACACAUUUGAUCCCGUCACUAAGGUGUUAACCUGGGAUGUGGGCAAAAUCAUCCCUCAGAAGCUGCCAGCUCUUAAGGGGAUGGUGAAUUUACAGUCUGGAGCUCCAAAGCCAGAGGAGAACCCAAGUUUGAACAUCCAAUUCAAGAUCCAGCAACUGGCUAUUUCAGGACUGAAAGUAAACCGCCUUGACAUGUAUGGAGAAAAAUACAAACCAUUCAAAGGUGUGAAGUACAUCACAAAGGCCGGGAAGUUCCAAGUACGAACAUGAAGCUUAAGAACUCUGCUUUUCUGGCAGAUGGUUGUGCGUCUGUGUGUGUGUGUGUGUGUGUGCGCGCGCGUGCACGCGUUGUGUUCCAGCCUCGGAGAAAAAUGAGCAUCAGUUACCUAAAUUCCUCUUCCAUGCCAAUUUCAGCCAUUCCUCUGAAGAUGCCCAGUCCACCCAGUACCGAUUUCCACCAGUGCAGCUGCUCUUUCUCUACCUGGCUUUCGCGGAGGAGCGUUCUGGUAAGAGCGUUCUGGUGGGUUUCGGCUUGUAGCUACCGAGCCUGGGCUGCCUUUUGGGACACUGCCAGGCAAAGCGCCAAAGCACAAGAAGGAAGAGCCUGAACUGGAGAGAGGAAGCCGGCCUGACGCGGGGAAAGAAAGACGCAGCCUUGCCGGCUGUUUCUGAAAGUAGAUCUCUGGGAAAGCCCUGCUCCCUCUCCACGGACCGACUUUUUAGUGGAACCAAAAAAAAAAAGCCUUUUUCUGCAGGAUUUAUAUCACCCUGCCUUUUUUGGGUCAGAAAUGCCUUAUCAGCUUGAGAAUUCAGCAGACAAUCUGUAGCCAAGUGUUAAAAGAUUUUUUUCUCUCCACAAUUUGCUUUGGAAAUGAAUGAAUGAAUGAAUGGGGCACGGAGCCCGAUUGGUUUCAGUUACCUCUGCAUUGCGGAUGUCCAACCUCUUGCACCUUUCAUGCCUCCCAAGUAGCUCAGCUGGGGUGCUGGCGCUGCCUGCCUCUGAUGAAAUAAAAGGCCACAGCUGAACCAGCUCCACUUGGGCAACUUAAUUUUCCGACUCAGCCACGUGGCCCAGGGUCACCAGAGAGAGAUGGAAAUGUUGGUGGCAAGAGCAGCCUCGUCGCCCUCUUUCAGAUCGGUUGCAGGGAGGAAUCUGGGUGAAGCGUAACACAAGAGGUGAAGGGAAAGGCAGCGCUCCUUGUUGAUCCAAAUGAUUUAUGGAAAAGCCACCCAGUUAUAAAGAAAAUGCUCUUAUUGAUUGUAUUCAUAUCAUUCUUUGUGAGGUCAUUGUGUCACCCCAGCAAUGAUGCGUGACCCAAAUUUCCCAGGUUCCAUAUUUAAAUAGGGAUUUGAAAUAAGUUGGAGAAAACCAA